GUUGAGAAGUUGAUCGUCAAGGUGGAGAGCUUCUACAAGCUAAUUGAGUCGGCACAGGCGUUUCCUGCGCCUGAGGGCUUGGACGCGGACGGCGUGGAUCUAGGAGACAUGACCAAUCUUGUCAACUUUUAG